UAUCAACUCAUAUAAGAGCUCUAUUAUGUGUGUAGCUAGGUAGCUGCAGCCCGGCUGCCUAAUUGUUACUGUCUUCCAUCUCCUUCCUCCCAACAUCCAUGGACAUGGAGGAGGGCCUUCCUCCAGGUUUUCGCUUCCAUCCCUCGGACGAGGAGCUCGUCACCUACUACCUUACCCACAAGAUCGCUGAUUUCAGCUUUGUCACAAAGGCCAUCGUUGAUGUCGAUCUUAACAAGUGCGAACCUUGGGACCUCCCAGGGAAGGCCAGCAUGGGGGAGAAAGUGUGGUAUUUUUUUAGUUUGAAAGAUCGAAAAUACCCUACCGGAAUGCGAACCAAUCGAGCCACACACGCAGGGUACUGGAAAACUACUGGCAAGGACAAGGAGAUCUUCCACUAUGGUGCUUUGGUUGGAAUGAAGAAAACUCUAGUUUUCUACAAGGGUAGGGCUCCAAAGGGCGAGAAGACCAGCUGGGUCAUGCAUGAGUAUAGGCAACAGACAAAAUUCCCUUACAAACCCUCCAAGGAAGAGUGGGUUGUGUGUAGGGUUUUUAAAAAGAGCAACAACUUUAAUAUGAAAAAGAACCAGCCAAGUUCUCCACCCGUGCCGAUGUUGCUCCAAUCUCCGGGCAACACCACGUCUUUGAGCGAGCUCGGUGAGAUCGACGUAUCAAUCUUGAACAAUCUUACCAAUUCCACAGGGCCGUUCAAUCCACUGUUAGUUAAUGCAAAUGAUGGCAGUUUGAAUGCAAAUGGCAAUGCGAGCAAUAAUAAUGACGGAAAUAAGAUAGAUUUGAACUUGUACAUGAACUGGUUGUAUGGCCGAUCAGAGACUGCGGGUCAGCCAUUUCUUCCAUGGCCAACAAGCUUGCUGAGCUCGAAUUCGGGACCAAAUCCGGCUAUCCUGAAAGCAUUGCAGCUUAGUAGCUACCAGUUACCAAUGGAGAUACUAAAUAUGGGAUGCAGCAUGAACUCCUUCGCUGGGCAAGGGGACCAAGUAUUUUUUGGAAAUCAUGAGCCCAAACAUGGCGAUGCCAUCCCGCAGCAGCAAGUGGAACAGUCCCUGUGGAAAGGAUAUUAAUUAAUUCUAUUUCGUUAUAGUUAUUGCAAUAUGAAUAAUGCCUCAAAUUAAUGGACGCGGUAUUCUGUGUUAGUGUUGGUCUAUGUUUCUAAAUGUGUUGUUUAAGGCUAGG